CCGUCACUUGUUUUAUUGGCAACACAAAGAAAAGAAGCACUCUUUUGUGUUGUCUCUCUACCUCUCUCUCUCUCUACUCUCUAUAGUCUAUUCUCUCUCAAUUUCUAUUCACAUUUCAACCAAAAUGAGUGGCUUGAGUUUCAAGGGCUUCACAUACAUGUUCCUCAUUGCAUUUCUCAUUUGGUCCUUCAAUUUUGAAGCCUGCAUUGCAAGAAGAGGCAAGCACUGGAGGCAAAGCAGGGAUGUCUCAGCUUCUUUGUACAAGAAGAAAGGCAAAAACUAUAGCAAUGCUCACAACAAGAACCAUGGUGGAGGAUCAAAAUCAAAGCCUCCAUCAUCACACAAAGGCACACCAACAUUACCAAAGCCUCCACCACAACAUAAGAACACUCCCUCACCACCAUAUCCAACUCCACCAAGUGAUGAUACCCCCACAACUCCACCACCAAAAGGUUACAAUGGUGGUGGCCAUUCUCCCACCACCACCUUCAAUGUGCUUGAUUUUGGAGCCAAGGGAGAUGGAAAAUCUGAUGACACAAAGGCAUUUCAAGAGGCUUGGGCUGAAGCUUGUAAAGUAGAAUCAUCAACCAUGCUCGUCCCAGCAGACUACGUAUUCUUUGUGGGGCCCAUUUCAUUCUCUGGCCCAUACUGUAAACCCAGCAUCGUUUUCCAGCUUGAUGGCACCAUUGUUGCACCAACAAGCCCCAAUGCUUGGGGCAAAGGACUCCUACAGUGGUUGGAAUUUUCCAAGUUAGUGGGAAUUACCAUCCAAGGAAAUGGCAUCAUUGAUGGAAGAGGCUCAGUGUGGUGGCAAGACAAUCCAUAUGAUGAUCCUAUUGAUGAUGAAGAAAAGCUCAUUGUCCCUUUGAACCACACAAUUGGGAGCCCGAGCCCUCCACUGCCGGUAAUUAUUCAAAGUGAGAUGGGAGGAAAAAUGCCAUCCGUCAAGCCAACUGCAUUGCGGUUCUAUGGGAGUUUUAAUCCAACAGUUACAGGCAUAACAAUUCAAAAUAGUCCACAAUGCCAUCUCAAGUUUGACAGCUGUAAUGGGGUCAUGGUCCAUAAUGUGACCAUAUCAUCUCCUGGGGACAGUCCAAACACAGAUGGAAUUCACCUUCAGAACUCCAAAGAUGUGUUAAUAUACGGCAGCACCAUGGCCUGCGGAGAUGACUGUAUUUCGAUACAAACUGGAUGCUCGAACGUAUACGUACACAAUGUCAACUGUGGACCAGGGCAUGGAAUCAGCAUUGGAAGUCUAGGAAAGGAUAACACCAGAGCCUGUGUCUCAAACAUUACUGUCAGGGAUGUCAACAUGCACAACACAAUGAAUGGUGUCAGAAUCAAAACAUGGCAGGGUGGAUCGGGUUCUGUACAAGGAGUGCUAUUCUCAAAUAUACAAGUUUCUGAAGUUGAACUCCCAAUUGUGAUCGAUCAAUUCUACUGUGACAAAAGAACCUGCAAAAACCAAACGUCAGCUGUGUCUCUCGCCGGAAUCAACUAUGAAAGGAUAAGGGGGACAUACACCGUUAAGCCAGUUCAUUUUGCCUGCAGUGAUAGCCUACCUUGUGUGGAUGUUUCUCUAACCUCUGUUGAGUUAAAACCAAUUCAAGAAAAAUACCAUCUUUACAAUCCUUUCUGCUGGCAGACUUAUGGUGAAUUGAAAACUCCAACAGUCCCACCAAUUGAUUGUCUACAAAUCGGGAAGCCAACAAACAAUCGGAUUCAGACAGAUCAUGAUUUAUGUUGAUCAGAUAUGAAUUCAAAAUUCAAAUGCUUAGCUUGCUAGCUAAAGUAUGUAUAUUGUAAAAAUCCUACUAUAUAGGAAAUUUUCUUCAUUAGGGUGAUACUGAUUUAUCAUUGUGAGAAUAUACCGGCCCUGCUAUUAGCAAGAGGUCGAGAAUAGUAUAAUAGGCAGCCUUCUAGCUGUGGCAUAUUGCAAGAGUGAGAUAUUGAUACAAGUUUUAGUAGCAUCUAUGAAUAAAAAUUUCUUUAUUUAUACAA